GUCGUUCACAUUUUGCCUUGACUUUCACGUUGAAUGUAAAAGUGGGUACUUUCCCAUUCUCGGAAUAUCAUCAUCACUCUCUGCAUGCAAGUGCUUACUUGAAUGUACUUUAGAAAUCAAAGCACAUCAAGCUAUGGAUCGAGGAAGACGAAAGGGAAGAUCAGGUGGCCGGGUAUGAUUGAAAGCAAUUAGUUUGGAAAUUCGCCAUUUUAUGGAAAUUCUCACUACCUGUUAGGUGCUUACAAUUGUGCCAAAUGGAUUGCAAGGUUGACCCGUCUGGUGAAUGUUCGAGAAACGGUUUGCUGAUCCAUCGAGAAAAACAUGGUCUUUCUCCAAGGAUUCCACCGUUUUUUAAAGUCAUGUUUGGCAAGAACUUUUCUCAACAUCUGUUUGUGCCUCCCAAAUUUAGCGAACUUCUUCGUUCAUCAGUCGGAGAAAAAGCAUAUCUCGAGGAUUCAACCGGACAGAAAUGGGCAGUGGCCCUGUCUGACGUACUGGGCUCUCUUGCCUUCCAGAAGGGAUGGGAUGAGUUUACCAAGGAUCACGGCCUUGAGCUAGGUGAUUUUCUGUUAUUCCGCUACACAACGGAAUCGUGUUUCUUUGUUGAAAUUUAUGGAAGAGAUGGAUAUGAAAAAACAUAUCCUGGUGUACAGAGCUUUAAGAACAAGAUACCUAAAACUACCAGCAAUUCAAUUACGAGGAAAUCUCCUUCCGAUCCAUUGUAUGAAAAACGAAAACCAUCUCAAGAAAACGACCGUUCCAAUGUCUGUGCUGUUUCCCGAUCAAAGGUUGACAUCAGUGACAACAUUCGGAUUCAUGAUGAUGUAAAUGAUGUACAAAAUUCACUUGUGGUAGAAGAAAAUGUUCAAAGCCAGGAAUUCAGCAUUGAAAGGCCCCAGCUGGUUCCGAAGGUUGAUUUUCUAGUGGAGCCAUGCUUCCUUAUUGACAGAGAAACAAGUUUUUCCAGAGAAGACGAUAGGGAACGUCUGUUUGAUCUAUCUGCCUUGGAGUUGCCCGGCAUAAAACCAAGUUUCACCUCCAAGAAGGCAGGUGCAUUUCAUGAAGCUCAUACGGGAGAUGCUUCAAUUGAUACGAAGAAUUCCCCACUUAUAGGUGCACUUCAUGAAGCUCAUACGGGAGAUGCUUCAAUUGAUACGAACAAGUCCCCACUUAUUCAAGGUGCAUUUCACAAAGCUCAUACUGGAGAUGCUACAAUUGAUACAAAGAAGUCCCUACUUAUUCAAGAAAAUGUAGUACCUUCAAAAAAUUAUGAAGAUAAAUCCGAAGUGCAAAUAAAUGAGGAUGAACCGAAAUCAGGGGACCCCAUUUUAGAACAACCGUCCAAGGCAUCUUCUUCCUCAAAAGAGGUAGAGGAUGAUGAAGGGAAUCAGAUUCCUUAUAGGGAUAAUGACAAUAUGAUGCCUUCCUCAAGCAACAAUGUUGAGUUGACCUUCAUGAUGGGUCCCCAUAUCAAACCUUCAACAACAACAGAAGUGACACGCACAAACGACAUUCCUUCCUUUCUUGAGGAAAAUGACAAUGUUAUACCUGAGUCAAUGAACAAUGAUGAGGAGACCUUGAUACCCCAUGGAAAACCUUCCUCAAUAAUACCCCCUUCCAAAAAGUGGGGGAGGCUUAAAAGUACCAUAUCGAAAAUAGUGGCUAAAAAGAAGACGGGUGGAAAAUGGGUUCCGGGUGGACCAAGCAAGCCUUCCUUGGCAGAGGGAGAUAGUAGGGCAAAGAAGAAGGCAUACCCUGUUCUUGUGAAAGAGUUGGUUGAUGAACUAUGUUCUAUACGGCGUGAUUGGAUUGCUGAUGCUGGGUUUUGGUCCAUUUCGGAUCCGAAAGUUGAGUUUCGAGUGGAGCCAUGCUUCCCGACUAACAGAGAAACAAGUUUUGCCGGAAAAGACGAUAGGGAACGUCUGUUUAAUCUAUCUGCCUUGGAGUUACCCGACAUGAAACCAAGUUUCACUUCCAAGAAGGCAGGUGCAUUUCAUGGAACUCAUACUGGAGAUGCUUCAAUUAAUAAAAAGCAGUCCCCACUUAUUAUAAGUGCAUUUCAUGAAGCUCAUACUGGAGAUUCUUCAAUUGAUACGAACAAGUCUGCACUUCUUCAAAGUGCAUCUCACAAUGCUCAUACUGGAGAUGCUUCAAUCGAUAAGAACAAGUCCCCAAUUAGUCUAGGUGCAUUUCAUGAAGCUCAUACUGGAGAUGCUUCAAUUGGUACAAUGAAGACCCCACUUAUUCAAGAAAAUGUAGUACCUUCAAAAAAUAAUGAAGAAAAGUUGCCAAGUUCGGUAAGCAAACCAUUUCUCAGUGUUUCUCCAAGUCUUAACUUGUGUUCCAGAUCGGUUCCUCCCUCGAAGACUAUCCGUGAAUCACACACUUGUGAGCCUUCAGCUGCAUCAGGUUUUAGUCAGCCACCAGGAAAUUCUGAAGAAAAUUCUGAAGUUGAAAUGCAGAUAAAUGAAGAUGAACCAAAAUCACGGGAUCCCAUUUUGGAACAAUCGUCCAAGGUAUCUUCUUCCUCAAAAGAGGUAGAGGACAAUGAAGGGUCCUUUCACGGGGAUAAUGACAAUGUGAGGCUUUCCUCAAGCAACAUUGCUGAGCAGACCUUCGUGAUGCGUCCCCAUAUCAAACCUUCAACAACAAAAGAAGUGACAAACACACACGACAUUUCUUCUUUUCCUGAGGAAAAUGACAAUGUGAUACCUGUGUCAAUGAAAAAUGAUGAGGAGACCUUGAUACCCCAUGGAAAACCUUCCACAACAGCACAAGAUUUGGCCACGCCAUUAAAUGGGGGCCCAGUAAUCCAUAACAACCCCCCUUCCAAAAAGCGGGGGAGGCCUAAAAAAAUCAUAUCAGAAAUAGAAGCUAAAAACAAGACGCCUGGAAAAUGGGUUCCGGGUGGACCAGGCAGGCCUCCCUUGGGACAGGGAGAAAGUAAGGCAAAAAUGCAGCACUCUGCAUUGAGGACAUACCCUGGUCUUGUGAAAGAGUUGGUUGAUGAACUAUGUCCUAUAAGGCGUGAUUGGGUUGUUGGUGCUGGAUUUGGGUCCAUUUUGGAUCUGAAAAUUACAAAGGUGAACAGAUAUUUUAUGACUUGGUUGGAGGGCAGAUGGGAUUGGAAGAGACAAGUGUUGCGUAUACGUGAAGAUUAUGAGAUUGUCAUAGACGAGAAGAUGAUAUCUUGGAUCACAGGAGUUCCAAUUGGGAGUUACAACUUUCCUAAACGGAGAACAGAGAACAAGGAACUAACACAAUUGGAAAAAGAAUAUUACGGUAAAAAGGGAAUUGAUUACGUUCGUGUGUACAACAAGUGUUUGCUUGAAUUGGACGACAAGGACGUGUUUCUGAGACAUUUCGUACUACUAACCUUUGGAAGCCUGUUUUGCAUGAAUAAGUGCAACUUUAUCACCCCUAAGUUAUUGUCUAUCCUUAAGAAAGAAUACAUCACCGACCCUUCUGAGUGGAACUGGUGUGGGUUCCUUUAUGACUGGAUUGCAGGGCAUGGUAAAGAACAAGGAAAAGCAUCUGCGCUCAUUUUGUUGAUUGCAUAUCUUGACAGGAUUAAGUACACUGCUACAUCGAGAAGUUGGAAAACAGAUUCACCACGAAUCGGUGCUUGGCAGACAGAGGAUCUGAUUGAAGUUAUUGCACAAGAUAUGGGACCAGAUGGAAGUUUUGGCCACUCCGAAGUUGUGCGUGAUGUGGUGUAUGGUGAACCAUACCCAGUUGGAAAACCCUUGACACCACCUCCAUGGUUUAAUCGAAGGGGUCAAAACAAGGUUGGGAAACCAAUUCCGUCGUCAAAUGAAGCAUUGAAGGUCGACAAUCGUCCUAGGAUACUUCGGAAUCUUCGCCAAAGACAUCAUAAAAUCAAAACGGGAACUGGAAUUUGACUUCAGAAAUUUACAAGUGAUGGCGAAAACAACUGUACCUGUUUGACGUUGUCAUAUACCGUUGAAGGAUCAGUGAAGUCGAUCACUACUGCUGUCGCUCUUGACUGAAUUCAUGGUAUGAAAAAGCUAUCAGAACUCACUUUGGAAAAUAGAUUGUAGUAUGGCAGUGAAUUUGUAAUAUAUUUGGCUUACAUUGUCUUCAAGUAAAGUUGUAAUACCUGUGAAAUUGAGCCCAGAACCAUGGUAAGGUCAUUCAUUAUGGGUAUUUCCAGAGCUUCUUCCAUUUCACAUACCUGAGCAGUUGAAAGGGAUGUUUUGAAGAUCAGCUUGAAUUCAGAGAUCUUUUUAUGAAAGAGAAGUAAAUCGACAGGUCGGUUGGGUCGGGUUAUAAAAAAUACUUUCGGGUUUGGUUUAAUUCUGGUCGGUCACCUUAGGGUUCGGGUUUACAAAUGUUUGUUCAAGACCUAGAACCUCUGGGUUCGGGUCGACCCAACGGAUUGAGUGAUUUUAAAAUACGUGUUAUAUUCAAUAAAUAUGUGUAAUAAAAUAUGCCAACAAAUUAGCAAAAUUUUAUACACAGGUUUAUAUUUAGUCAAAUUUAACCAAUAGUAACUUCUUUAUUACGCUUUAAAA